GUACAGUACACGACUACCAUAUGUGUGCCAUGAUCUGAAAUUGCGAACACCGCUAAAAAUACCAAUAAGGGUCUGUUCAGGCAGACUAAGCUCAACUGAUCACUUCAACGGCCUAUUUACUUAAUAUAAAGCACUGACCUUCCUUCCAAAAUUGAGGGACAAUUCACAUCAUUUCAAUGACAACACGACUGCUGGUUAGUACAAACUUGGUCAGUGGGAGAACGAGGAUUGGCUUCGUCUCAUCUCGUAGCUAUAUACGGUAGUCACGGUAUAAGGUUCAUAUUUAUUUUUUACCAAGGGCUCGAACGGAAGGAAAGCAUUAUCCGCUUUCAAGCAACGGACUUCAAUGAGAUUAAUAAUUAUGCACGGUUUUUAUCAGAGUCUCCAUGGUGGCACUGUGUUGGCUGAUACAAAUAUUAUGAUUACACUCCUUAUUUGAUGUUUGAGACAUCAAUCUCGAGCACGGAGACCGUCCGCUCAAGGAGAAAGCGAGACAAUGGCGAAUCAAUCUUUUCUUCUGCGAAGAUCGAAUGCAGUCCCAUUAAUAUGUUUCUGUGUGGUGCUUCUUACGCUGCCUCCAAGCCUGCUGGCGGGCAACGUCUUAAUCACCACAAGCAUUGGCGAAGGAUCGCACUAUUUCGUCGGGAAGACGAUUGGAAAAUACCUAGUUAAACAUGGUCAUAAUGUGACGGUUCUCGUCAGCGAAGCGUAUGCUCACCGGGCAGAUAAUCCUGACGACUCGGAGUUAAAUUUCAUUGUGUUUCAUCAAUCGACUGAGCAGAUUAAGUCUGUCAAAGAAAGACAUUUGGCCUUCUCAAAGAAUGCCCUUGAACCAAGUACGGCGACAUACAUCAUCAACCUCAUGCAAACCCAUCGUCAAGGUGCGGCGGACGACUGCGAAGACCUCCUCGGAAACCCCGACGUCAUGCACCAACUCGAAGACGGCAAGUUCGACGUGGUCGUCUAUGACAUGAUCUGGUUGUGCAGUCUGAUGGUGGCCAUGAAACUGAACACAACCGCAGUGUUGUCUUCCCCAAUGGCUGUGCCGACGAUGCUGUCCAUGUACGCACGAAAUCCAGUCAAUUUGGCUUACACUCCAGACUGUAUGAAUGCCUAUACGAAUAAAAUGUCCUUUCUACAACGUGUAAACAACGUAGUAGCCAAUCAAAUAUUAUUCCAGGUAUUAGAGUACAUGCAUGGGCCGUUCAACACAGUCAGAGAACGACAUCAGAUCAGGCAAGAUCUGCAAGGAUCUAUUUCGGACCUCAUUGGGACCUACACCGAUCUAUUCCUGGUCAAUAUGGAUUUUGCGGUGGAGUACCCGCUGCCGCUCCUCCCGAAUAUCAUCACCAUCGGAGGAAUCACUGCAAGGCCGGCAGCACCAUUACCAGAUGACCUAGAGGCCCUUAUGCAGUCAUCUGGCGAUGGUGGCGUCAUCUUAUUCACACUCGGUACUUAUGUUACCCAAAUCAAACAAGAAUUCCUUGAACCAUUUGCCGAGGUCUUUGGUCGGUAUCCGCAGCACAAGGUUUUGUGGCAGUUCGUCGGUGAACCUAAGUUCAAGAUACCGUCAAAUGUAAAGAUGAUGCCAUGGCUGCCACAGAAUGAUAUUUUAGGUCACCCGAAGACACGUCUAUUCAUCUUCCAUGGCGGCAACAACGGGUUUUACGAGACCAUGUACCAUGGUGUCCCAGCUAUUCUAAUACCACUCACAGGGGAUGCCAUAGAUCAGGGGUCUCGACUGACGCAUCACGGUUUUGGGAAAGUCCUUGACAAGACCAAAGUAACUGUUGAUGUACUAGACGAUGCAAUAAAGACAAUCUUCAACAACAAUAGUUACUCGGAGGUGGCAAAGCUACUGUCCUCUCGUCUGCAAAGUAGGUCGAUGCAUCCUGGCGAUCGCGCUGCAUUCUGGGUAAAUCACGUGAUGAAGCAUGGAGGUGGCUACAUGAGAAGCCCACUGAUUGGGCUCAACUUUAUACAGCGUAAUAUGCUAGAUGUUUUGGCCUUUCUCCUAGCCUUGGUCUCAGUAAUAUUAGCGGUUUCUUUAUUUAGCAUUCGAUGCGCUCUUAGGUUCUGUAAACGGAAAUGUUUCUCUUCUUCUAAAGAAAAACAUGAUUGAACAGAAUAAAUCAAUUAACGAUUUUUUUUUUUAAUUCUCAUUCUUGACAUUGACAAUUUACAAAGACAUGUAUUUAUUGAUGAUUCUAUGAGAGUUAUAAUUAUGUGUGAUCAUGGUGAUUGAGCUUGGCAUAUCGUUAUAACAGGAGUGGAUCGGUAGAACCAUGGAGCUCCAUGGUAGAAUCACGGACGUGAGGGGAGAAUGAACACAAAUGGUGUGUGAAUCACAAUUGGCAUUUACAAGCACAUCUAAUAUUACUUGAUUUUUGGAAGGUAAAGGUUACUUUAAGAAUAAAAAGAAAAUAUCUUAUGCGAUAAAAUUCCUUUAUUUGGGACGAGACACGCUUUAAAAGGAAGUGCCUGGAGCUGGUUUUCAGGAUAUAGUUAUUUGGCUAAUGAUCAUGUACUGAAUAUAAGAAUCACGCAUAUUUAGCAAGAGCUUGCUUUCCGAAUUCGAUUUGCAACCACUAGCGUACCUACGGGGGGGGGGGGGGGGGGCAGAGGGGGCACUCUGCCCCCCCCCCUGACGAGCCACAACCCAUACAAAAGACAUAUACCUGCCCCCCUGACGAGCUUAAAAGACCUUUUUUACCCCCCCCCCCCUGACGAGCUUGAAGACCUUUAUUGCCCCCCCCCUCCCCCCUGAUGAGAUUGAAUUUUUUUUUUUUUUUUUUUUUUUUUGCUUGUCAAUUUUUGUCUGGUACGAAAACCUUCAUGUUUUCAUUGAAGACCUUUUUUUUUUUUUUUUUGCUUUUCAAAUUUUUUGGCGGUCGAUUUUGCCCCCCCUGUGGAAAAUCCUAGGUACACCACUGUUUGCAACCCUACAGAAAGAAAGACUUUAACAUGUUUCGAACGUCAUAUAAAUUAUAUCGAUUUGUAUAUUCCGUGGUGCCUGAAAUCAUUUUGAUAUUCGAAGAUUCAAGUUUAGGGUGAUUGCCGAUUAAUAUUUUCUAUAUAAAUUUAAUAUGGCAUAAUUUAUGAUCAAAAAUAGGAACUAAGGUCUUAUCGGAUUUUUUUCAGAAACCAAAAUGCUUGGAAAGGGUAACAAAUACACAAUACGGUGCUUUAUAUAGCGACGUGUAUAAACAUAGCUGCUAUUCGCUUCUUUAAAUCAUGGACCAUGUUUAAAUUACCCCCCCCCCCCCCCAAAAAAAAAAAAAAAAAAAAAAAAAAAAAAAAAAAAAAACACGAUGCUCCUUAUUCAUAAAUAAAAGAAGCAUAGCUCAGCUUUGAUAGUUAUAUGACAUGGCGAAAACAAUAUCGGAAGAUUGUUUUCGCCAUGUUUUAUAACUAAAAAAAACAAAUCAACCUUGUGUACUCUUCUUAAUGCAUGAUCAAAUGCCUUUUUGUAAAUAUGGAUCGCUUGAGAGUUUUUUUUUCUAUCUCUCUCGAAAAAAGAAAGUGAAAUCAACCCUCAUUCUAUUUUAAUUAAAUACCGACAACUUAAUUGCACGUUAACAUAUAUAAUCUCUGUAUGCUUUGCUAAGCACAUUGACAUUUUUUUGGAUCGUCGGGUCAUUUGUAACACUAAAUGUUCUGCUAAUGAUGUACCUUGAGGUAUAGAUUUAAAAAAUGUGUCAAGUAUACCAAUUCCGAAAGUAUAGAUUAAACUCGGGCAAGCCAACUAACCGUAGAGCCAUGAUAGAAUAAUUUGAUAAUAAAAUAAGAAUCAAGGUAUAUGGAUUAUGUUUUUUUUUUUUUUUUUGGGGGGGGGUAUAAACAUCAACAGAUAUUUUGAUAAUAAUAUCAUGAUGUUAUACGUAAAUCACUAGCUUAAGUGUGAUCAGGCCCUUCUUCAAGGCCUUAAUACUAUGCUUUUCUGAUAAUUAGAAAAUAUGCUGGCAUUCUUGGAUUUAAAGGCCCAAUAAAGAUCAAAUCAUUAGACAUAAUUGUAAUAAUCGCGAAAUUGGAUUUCACUAUAUUUAAAUGUCAAGUCCAUCCCAGAAAAAAAAAUUAUUUGAAUAAAUAGAAAAAAAAUAACUAGCAUAACGCUGGAAUUUCAUCAAAAUCGGAUGUAAAAAAAAAAAUUAUUAUAUUUUAAAGUUUCGCUUAUUUUUCACAAAACAGUGAUAUGCACAACUCAGCUGCUCAGUGGUAUGCGAAUGAGAGAGUCUGUGAUGUUCCUCACUAUUUGUUUUGUUUUAUAGUUUGAAUUAUAGAAUAUUCAAUUUUUUACAGAUUUGACUACAAGGAUCCACUUGACUUAACCAUAUAGCAAUGCUAAUUCCAUAAAUUCAUGAAGGAAUUAAUCAUUUUCCCCCUUGACAACCAGGAUGUGCAUAAAUGUUUUGUGAAAUUAAGCGAGACUUUCAAAUGUCAUAACUUUCUUACUUUACAUCCAAUUUGGAUUAAAUUUUUCAGUGUUAUGCUUCUUGGAUUUUUUCCUCAUUUCGGGUGUACUUGUCAUCUAAGCCCCCAUAAUUCACUUUUCAGUAUCACUGUUGUUUUUGGCCCUCCAAAACUGAGAUUUAUUUCAAAAUGGCGGUCAGGAGCCAUUCUGGAAUUUUUGAUACUUUUGUCUCCCGAAUUCAAAUGAACACACCCUUGCUUUGUAUCUCAUUCUCUCUUCAGAUUUCAACGCAAAUGAUCUACUCUACAUCCAAACUACAAAAACACUGAAUUGUUCCACAUUGUCCACCCAGUAUGUUAUAUUAAACUCCAUCUUUUAAAGACCCCGAAUCUUAUUUCAUUCUAUCAAUUCAUGAACUUCCAAGCAUAAUUAUCAUGUACAUAAUAACUAUACGCCCCGUUGCAAACAGCAUUUGCUUCUUUUUAUUCCACUGAGAAAGGAAAAUUGUAAUUAUUCAAUUGUAACUUAUUUGAAUACUAACCAUAGUGCAUAUUCGUA